CAGGGCUUGCGCCACAGUCGGAAGUCUACACCAGCCACAGCUCAAACUCCGAAGUCUUCUUGUCUGCUUGUUCGCAAACUCAGACUGCCGGCUUUCUUGAGCGUUGAUUCUCCGUCGAUGCACGCUCCGGUAUUCGAUAUUUCAGUCGUCCGGUUUAUGUCAAUGCCUCUCUUGUCGAACUCCUGAAUGUACACGUGCCCGAACAGCGUUAUUCGCUGCCGCUUGACAGCCGGGCUUUCGUCCUGUGUCCCGCGGUCCAGGAACGGACUUGGGCAAUGGCGUCGAUACGCAGCAGCGCAGACGGCAAGGGGAGGAGAGAAUACCACUUCUCAAUCAGACGCGAGUGCUUCUGGCGACCUAGGUUACAAGGAAGAUAAUUUGAAGGAGUCUGCAUUUGUCCCUCGUCAUCUAUUCAAGGAGUCUUGCCCCCGAGACUCUCCGGUUACAUGGCACCCAGUGUCCAAGGAGAGCUUUGGAGCGAUAGAUCGGCAGGUGGAUUCGCUCCAAGAGAAGGUGACUGGUGGUAAUACAGAUGGUGCAGAAUCCUCGAACGGAUCGGCUCUCGACGAAGAAACUUUGGAUUGGUAUGAUGACACAGUAUCACUGCCGGCCGAUCAUGAAGAUAAGGUCACCAAGGAGUAUCCGGUAUACUCUGAUGCUGAAAUUCGCCAAUUUAUUGAACGCCGUACCCGCCGACGUGUCGUCGCUGCGGUUGAUAGGGCAGGGAAGCAGUUAAAACAACAGAAGAGGGUCAUAGACCAGAAGUGGUUUCGCUACGAUAUCGCAGUAAGAAUGGCUACUUUUUAUCCAUUCGAUUCCGUGCAUCGACUUUGGCCAGACUCCUAUACGAGACUAUACAAAGCCAAGUUCUACAAGUCGUCAUGGCAGCAACCGUCGUACUACGAGUUGGAUGAUCGUGGAAAGACUCUUCUACAGGAGCUUGAAACGGACAACGAAAACCUUUUCCAGGCCAGUUGGAAGCAAUUAGCUCGGGCCGUGAAAGCGUUCCAGUGGCCGCGACUAGCACUACAUCUACUAUGGAACGAUCCUAAGCUUGCCAUGAAAUUUCUACUUGCGACGGCCCGCGAGGAUAUCCGACCACCAUUUGGUAUGGUCGCUGACUGCCUGCUUUAUCUUGACGAAUUUCAUGCUGAGGAGCUCAAGCAUUGGAAAAGCGAGGAGUGGUACCACUCUGUUAUUCACACCUGCCUAGAUCCCCAAAAAUGGCCGGUGGUCUCUCUCAAUCAAAAAGGCGUCCGCUUAUACAUCAAGAAAUCGGAUCAUCAAAGGGUCCUGAGUGUUUUUCGAAUGAUGGGAGAACGCAAGACACAUAUGUCUGCGGAAACAGCUCUCUGUUUCAUGAUGCGUUUUACGGAGUUUGGCAACGUGGACAAAGCACUGGAAGCCCUCCAGCUAAUACCUAUAACCAAACAAGCCGGCUUCGAAUUGGACUCCCAGGCGGUAUUACGCCACUGCUGCAAACUUUUAACCUUAGACACCGUUCAUGAUGAAAACGGCGAGCGGAAUUUCAAGAUUCUCCCCAAACUGCUUGGAUUCGGCGUCAAACCCGAUCGCGACAUGAUGAAUGUCGUCAUCUCCAAUGCUUUCAAAACCGGUGAUCCACAACUGGGUUUAGAUAUGGUGGGAUACAUGAAGGCCCGAGGCUUUGAACUCGACUCAUACACAUACCUGACGUUGCUCACAGACGCUGUGGCCCGCGGGGACAGAGGCGGUGUCGACUCGGUUAUACAGGAAAUCGGUCCCAAUGAUGAGCUGCGGAAGAACCCCUACAUUGCGGGCAAGAUAUUCCAUGCUCAUUAUACGUUCAGCGCGAAACACCUUGAUUCGGAUGCCGAUCCUUCAGAGGUCUUUACAUCCAUGCUUAAUAUCUACAGUGAACUCUACAGUAUAACUCCCCUGAAAGACCUCUUGAUUCUACCACCUCACUACAGAUAUCCGCCGGGUGAACCGAAACCUCAGCCGACGCCAGUGGCCUUAUAUAUCAUAAUUGCGACAUACCUCCGGUGCCAAAGCAAUUCAGGCAUUGCCUACCGGUUAUACCAACGAUUCCGCCAGCUACUCAUCCGUGGACACGAGACUAUUGUACCUCUGGCCGAGACCGAUCAUACCUAUAACGAAUUUUUGGUCUCACUUCGCAAAGACCCACGAGCGCUCCGCUGUUGUGUUCAAAUCGUCGAGGAGAUGCUUCAUCCACUUCCGGGGCGCGACGUGCUAGAUUGGGCGGCGGAACAUCCAAUAGCCCACGCGAAGCCAACGACGCGGACGUGGACUAUCCUUCUCAGUGCUUUUAUCUACAACAGACAACCGCUAGCUGCGGAAAAGAUCCGGGAGAUGAUGGCCAAGCACGAGGUGACUUUCAACGGCGUGACUUGGAACACUAUAAUCAAUGGCUACGCGAACGCACAGAAAGUCGAAGAGACCGCGGAGGCGAUCAAAAUGAUGGAAGAGCAAGGAUUCCCAGUCGAUGCAUACACGAUGAAAGGUCUGCGCUAUCUGCGAGACCCAGAACGUCUUCGAACCGCCAUUGAAGAGCUGGAUCAGAGGGACGCACUGCGGAAUCAGCAUUCCCAGCUGGAGGGCAGGGAAGAGCGCGAGCAAUUGCUCGAUGAAGGUCUUCGGCGUCUAGCGGAGAAAUCCAACUCCAACUCGAACUCUUGAGAUACCCGCUUCAUCUGAGUUUAGAGUGUAUGCUGUGGUUCAAUGUGAGGGGCACAUGCGUUUCUGGUGUUGUACAGGCGUGUAGGGCUGGUCUAUACAUUUCUGGA